UCUUGUAUGUGACUAAAGCAGUGCCUGUGAGGGGGGAAGGAGCUGGGUUCUUUUGUAUACUUAAGUAUGAGGAAGACUCAUGUCCCUUCUAAGUUGUAUUGUGGCAAUGCACUUCCUUGACAACAAAACUGCAGGUGGUACAUGAAUUGUUGCAAUCAGGAAGCAUCUCUUCUUUUUGCCCUCAUAAUACUUGUUUCAGAGCCAGAGAAUCCAGUUUCAGGUGUAGUCUUAACCUGACAAGGAUCUUAGAGCAGACUUGCUGGAGCACCUGCCAAAACCAUGUCCCACAACAGCACAGCUAACACGAGGCAGAUGAUGGCGGUCAUAGCCACAGUGGAAGAAUGGUCCUCUUUGAAAUCUCUGCUGCAGGAUAACUGUGGGGGUAAACGCCACCAGUUAACCUUCAGUUCUCUGGGAUCAAACCAAGUCUGUGACCUAACAGUGCACAGUCGCUCCAUGAGUUUGCACUAUACAGAUUUAAAACAAGACAUGACAGAGGAAGGCAUCAGCCAUGCAAUAGAUGGCUGCUUUAAGUCUUGCACAGAUGGAAUCUGUACAUUUCUGCUGCUGAUCCAAGGUGGACAUUACACCAAGAGGGAAAGAAGAAUGAUAGAGAACCUGCAGGCACACUUUGGAGCCGAGGCUGUAAAAUACCUUGUAAUUCUCUCUCUGGAAGACGGAAAGGUGGUCGACACACUGGAUGACGCCCUCCUAGAUUUGAUUAACAUGUGCAAUGGAAGAUACUGCCGCAUCACAUCAUCUGCUGCAAGUGACAAGAUUCACGCUCUGCUUGAGAUGACCGACUACAUGCUGAAUGAAAAUGGUGUGACUGGUUACACUGAAACCAUGCUGGCUGAAGCAAGGAAAAGGAGCACAGAAGACUCUGCCAUGAAGAUUCUGAGACAGAAGGUGCAAGAGGCAGAGGAGAAGGAGCAGGCCUUCAAGCAACUGGUUCGACAAGAAGAGGAGAGAAGGGCCAAGGAAAUGGAGGAGCUGAAGGCUAGACACGCUGAGGAAAGGAAGAAGGAGGCAGCUGAAAGAGAGCAAUACGAGACAAAAAGAGAGAGCCUCGAGGAGGCUGUGAUAAGCCAUAGAGCUAUGUUGCAGCUGCAGAUGAGUGCCACUGAUGAUGAUGAAACAAAGAAGAUGUCUGUCAUCCUGUUUGGCCUCUCUGGCAGUGGAAAGUCCUCUGCUCUAAAUCUAAUUCUAGAAAGAGCAUGUAAUCAAUACUCUAUUCAUGAGUCCAGCCAUGAGCUCCCACAACCAACCUUGGCUUGUGAGAGAAAGGAGGCGUUUGCAUCAGGGAGGCGACUCAUCCUGGUGGACACCCCCGAGCUGUGGGAUGAAGAUGGAGCAGAAAACCUGGAGAUGGUCAAAGAUUGCUUGGCUUUGUCCCUCCCAGGGCCCCAUGUCUUCUUGAUAGUGCUCCAGGUGGGACGCUUCACCCAGGGAGAGAGCGAGAUGCUGGGCCACUUGCAGAAGAUCUUUGGACGAGAGUUUGCGGAGCAUGCCGUCAUCCUGUUUGUUCGCUUUGACGGUAACCAGCACAGGCCUCAGAGGAUCAACGACUACGUGGCUGGAGCUCAUUCAACCCUGCAGGAUUUAAUACGAAAGUGUGGGAGUCGUUAUUAUGAGCUGAAUGUUACAAAGUCCCAGAAUGCUUUGAGCUAUCCUCAAGUUAAAGACCUGCUUUCAGGAAUCAACAAACUGGUUGCCUCACAUGGAGGACGCUCCUACUCAGUGAAGAGAUUUUCUGUGCAGGAGCUGCAGGAAAGGAAGAAAGAGAUCAAAGAGAGAAAGGAGGGGUUGAUGGAAAUAAACUGCUUAUUAAGAGAAUCUUGAUUUCUUCAUUCACAUGCAGAGGGGCGGCACUAAAUAUGCAAAACCUGUACAGCGUUAUACAAUCCAAUAUAACAAUAUUACCUCUCUGAAGCUUGUAAUUUUGGUGAGAGGUGCUGAUUGAGCUAUGUGGAAUGAGCGGUCACUGCAGACAUUUUGAAUCAGACUGAAAUACACUGCACAUUUAUUGCUUUUAAAGAUGUUAUUAUCGUGGUUUGCUGGAUUGCCUUGCCACUGAGACGACCGAAAGAAUGAAUUUCACAAAAUCUCAAAUAUCUGCAACUUAUGGGAACUACCUUUCUAUAUUUCUAAAGUUAUAAGAGUCAUAAAUUCACUAAAUACAAAUACAAAGGUUGUAGUUUUAUUGCUAAUCUUACACAAAAAUGGUGGUGGUGGUGUGGGGAUUUUCCAAACUAAACAGAAGAACAGAACACGUUAUUAUUCAUGUCUAUGUUUAUCUGCAAAGAGCAGAGAGGGUAGGAACAGAAAGCACAGCUGUAGAUUUGAUUUACUUUUGGACUUCCCCAAUCGUAUGAGAACCAAAUCUGACAAGUUUACGAGAUUUGCUUGUUGAUAUGCUGAUUGCCCAACAGUUACAUCCUUAAACACCAUUCUUCAGAUGUACUCAGCUGCCAGUAAAUUCGUACAACUGCACAAACACAAGACCUGCGCUAAAUGUUGUUUUUAUUUCAGCUUUGCAGUUAUUGGGUAAUUCUUACAAGAUACUAAACAACUGAAGACAGACGUGACAUCUGUAUGUGAUAAACUGUAUUUUAUUGAUCCCUUUAUGGGAGUAAAAUAAUGUGAAAUACAUUAUGAAAUAUAUUAUUCUGUUUGUAUAGGUGGUUGUGGUAUGUUUGCCAUACUGGAGAUCAAUCUCUAGAGCCAUGCAUUAGCUGCACAUGACAUGCACAGGUCUGUUCAAUAUGUAAAUGAUAUAAAACAAAUCAUAUGAUAUAAACAUCAGCUUCACAUGCA